GGUGGCGGAGGCGGUGGGGGCCGCUGACCGCGCCGGGCCGGCGGGGCUGAAGCGAGGCCCCGGCCCCGGCCGCCGUGGGUGAGAUCGGGACCGUGGCUGGAGCCGCCCCUCUGCCCCGCUGAGCGCACAUGUCCGCCUGCCCGUGCCCGGAAGAUGACCAGGCUGCUCUUGGGGGUGACCCUGGAAAGGAUUUGCAAGGCCGUGCUGCUGCUCUGCCUGCUCCACUUUGUCAUCAUCAUGAUCCUCUACUUCGACGUCUACGCGCAGCACCUGGACUUCUUCAGCCGCUUCAACGCCAGGAACGCCUCGCGCGCUCACCCCUUCUCCAACUCCUCCCGGCCCAACAGCACGGCCCCCAGCUACGGGCCAGCCGGCGCUGAGCCCCCGUCCCCCAGCGCCAAGCCCAGCACCAACCGCUCCGUCACCGAGAAGCCCUUGCAGCCCUGCCAGGAGACGCCCCCCGGCUUAGUCGGACGCCUGCUCAUCGAGUUCAGCUCCCCCAUGAGCAUGGAGCGGGUGCAGCGGGAGAACCCCGACGUGCGCCAGGGCGGCAAGUACACCCCCCCGGACUGCUUGCCCCGGCAGAAGGUGGCCAUCCUCAUCCCCUUCCGGCACCGCGAGCACCACCUCAAGUACUGGCUGCACUACCUGCACCCCAUCCUGCGCCGGCAGAAGGUGGCUUACGGCAUCUACAUCAUCAACCAGUACGGCGAGGACACCUUCAACCGGGCCAAGCUGCUCAACGUGGGCUUCCUGGAGGCGCUCAAGGACGACGAGGAGUACGACUGCUUCAUCUUCAGCGACGUGGACCUCAUCCCCAUGGAUGACCGCAACCUGUACCGCUGCUACGAGCAGCCGCGGCACUUUGCCGUUGGCAUGGACAAGUUUGGGUUCAGGCUGCCCUACGCUGGCUACUUCGGUGGUGUCUCUGGGCUGAGCAAAUCCCAGUUCCUGAAGAUCAAUGGUUUUCCCAACGAGUACUGGGGCUGGGGAGGAGAGGACGACGACAUCUUUAACCGGAUCUCCCUGAACGGCAUGAAGGUGUCGAGGCCCGACAUCCGCAUCGGGAGGUACCGCAUGAUCAAGCACGAACGUGACAAACACAACGAGCCCAACCCGCAGAGGUUCACCAAGAUCCAGAACACUAAGAUGACCAUGAAGCGGGACGGGAUCAGCUCGCUGCAGUACCGGCUGGUGGAGGUGUCGCGCGCCCCCAUGUACACCAACAUCACGGUGGAGAUCGGCAGGCCGCCCCCACGCCUGGCCCGGGGCUAGCGCUCGCCCAGCAGGCAGAGCUGUGUGGGGCCAAUGCUCGCGCCCUUGGGCGGCCAGCGGCUCUGCGCCGGGGCUGGCUGGACGCUGUGGAUGUUGCCCCAGCCCCAGGGCAAGGACUGGACGGGGAUGUUUUCUGCCUACUCUGCUGCCUUUCGGAGACGGCUGUGCCCCAGCCCACCCGUUGGUCCUGAGAAUUUCCGCACCCUUUUUGUCCCCCAUCCCCACCAGUGUGUUUCCAAGCCCCCUGCCCCAUACUCAGUGUGUUGGCUGAAGCACCCGUCUGCCCCGUGCGCAGCUCCCAGCACAGGAGGACGGCCCCAGCCCUGGCAACCCCGUGCCCACGCCAGCUCCUGCCUGCACCCCGGGAAGGGAGGAGAUGAGCCCCCGGGGCAGCCCUGCGCCCAGUCCCCACCGGUGCUGCAAGAAGCGGGGUGCAGGCUUCCCCCUUCACCAGUGCUGGAGCUGCCCUGGCUGGAGGGGGGGGCAGCCCCGGCCUCCCCAGCGGGCAGGAUCGGUGCCGCCCACGCAGCUCGGCGUGCAGAAGUGGCUCGCUGUCUUCCUCCGCUUUAGUCUGGUGCUCAGAGCCGGGUCUCAGCUCUGCCAAACAGCGACCUCUGGUUAUUAGCAGAAGCCCCUCGCCGUGCCUCAGUGUCCCUGGGGCUGGUGGCCGUGUCCCCUGCCCUCUCUCUGAAGGCAGAUGCUGUGCGCCUCCUCGUUAAGCCCUUCCUGCUCUGGGGGACGGGUUGACAACAGAGCCCCACGGCCCCUCUUGGCCAGGGGGGCUGCCCCAUGGCUCCCUCCAUCCACGUGCCGUUUGUAGGAGACGGGGACUGGCUCUGCCCUUGCUGCUCUCCAGCUUUACCCCCUCCAGCCCCGAGGCAAGGAGCAGAGGACGGGGCCACGUGGGGCAGGUGCCCUGUCCCUCCCCACGUCCCUCCGUGGGGCUGGGGGCACUGCCACCUCCCCGCAGCCGGCUGGGAGCAGCGGGGCAGCAGGGGCACUGGUGACUUUUGUACAUUUGAAUGUCUGACCCUUUUUUUGAGCGUACGUUGAAUGCAGCAUUCGGUCGUAGAGACCUGGGUUUUUGUAUUUAAUAAAAGUUUCAAAAGUU